CAGAGGCUCAAGGAGGCGAACACCUUCUGUGGGAUCUCUCCUCCUAAUCCCACCAAGCUGCACAUGAGAGCGCUGCAGGUCCAAGGUGCCACAGCCCCGAGAGCUGCUGCAGAGGGUGGAAGACGUCCUCCAUCACUUCUACAUCUCAAAAGAUGUCAACCUGCUCCUCUACAAAUCCUCCAUGUUAAAGAUAUGAAGGAUGCAGCGUGUGCACAUCUUGAGAGGCUGCCUGAGCGACCCUGAGGUGGGGGAGGGAACCCUGUACAGGUUUGGUGGCACCUUGCAGCUGAACUACACCGAGGGAGAGGGAGCUGCUGCGCCCACCUGGAUCCCUGAGAGAGGCCCCUCUCAGCAGGAGGGCUUCCACUUUCACCAAGCCCAGUGGGUCACAGGGAACCGGGUUUCCUGUGAAGCGCAGGCCAUGACAGGGGUGGUGCGCUGGAACUUCCGGAGACUGGUUGACCUGAAGCUGCCCGGUGUGGAGCUGCCAGCCGUGUUCGACCCCGUGUUGAUAGCAGAGCUGAACAAUUUGUCUGCAAAGGUGACGGCAAAGGCAAAAUAUCCAGCGCUGCAGGUCACCAACGGAGACACAGGAGAGAGAUUCGGUCUGGACUAUGUGGAGCGUUGCUGUCGUCCUGUUCCUCUCAACUGGGACAAGCACAAGACACAGCCAAGCAUGGCCGCUGCGGUCGCCAAGGAGACGGAGCAUCCUGCAGCUGUAGAGGCCACAGACCGUCAGGAGACCAGUGCCACUGUGAGGGAAGCUCCAUCCAGUCUUGUGCCCAUCCUGUCCUUCCACGAGGGGUCUGACGUAAAGUUCCAGCCGCCCUUGAGGCCGUCGUCUGCUCCAGCACCGCUGCCCGUAUCCUCCUCUCCAUAUAGCCGCUCGCACCGGACCGAUGAAAACAGGAGGCAUCGUCCAGGUGCUGGACCACGGCCGGUGGACAGAAGGUGCCAUCGACGGCUUCUGAUGAAACACCACGGAGCUCCACGCAUGCUGAAGCAGGUGGAUGACGACUACGCCGCCAUGGUCCAGAGGGGGUGCACUGACCCUCACAGUUUGUUACAUCCGACCACAUGCCAACAUAUCUCCAGAUAUCAAGCAUCUGGCCAAAAGAAAACCCACCAGCUCCUCUCUGAACACCAGCCCAGAGAAGGUGUUGGAGACACAGCAGCUGUGGCAGAGCUUGACCACCGGCAGCCAAACGGUCAGUGUGCCGGUCAUCACCAUGCCUCCUGCAACUGUCAACCCUCCAGCUGUGGCUCCUCUCAAGGAGGAGUCACUGAGCCGGGAUGCAGUGGAGAAGAUGGUGGCUGAGAUCCUGGACAAGCAGCAGCAGCAACAUCCGCAGCAGAAGAUGACGAGGAACUGUCCGGCCUGCGCUCAGCCAAAGUCCCGCUACCUUGCCGACGGUUCCUCGGUUCAUUUAUUCUUCCAGACCAAGACAGUUAAAGAUUUCUACUGCUCCACCAAGGUCUUUAAGACGUAUGCAUGCGAAGGCCUGAAAGACCCCCGCAUGUCCUUUGAGGACUUUGCAGCGUCUCCUUUCUUUGAGCGCGAGCUGGAGGCCGCCAAGCAGAGGGGGGCCGAGUGGAAGAAGGUGAAGGAAGAAGAGGAAGAAGAGGAGGUCGGCGGAGCCGCUGCCGACAGGUCGCCUGUGCCGCUGAGGCGAGGCCCCGGCAGCCCUCAUGUUCACAGCUGCUUCCCCGGGGUGUUGGGGAAGUACGUCUACUGCCCCUCCA